AUGUCACCAUGGGUGGCUCACCUGGCAGGCUUGCAACUCUCCAUCGCCUGCUGCUGGGCYUUCAGCUGCCACAAGACGUGGUUCUCCCCUGAUUUCAGCCUCCCAGGGGAUUUCCUCCUUGCAGGCCUAUUCCCUCUCCAUACUGACUGUCUGCAGGUGAGACGCAGACCCCAGGUGACCCUGUGUGACAGGCCUGAUAGCUUCAAUGGCCAUGGCUACCACCUCUUCCAGGCCAUGAGGUUUGGUAUUGAGGAGAUAAACAACUCCACAGCCCUGCUGCCCAAUGUCACCCUGGGGUAUGAGCUGUAUGAUGUGUGCUCAGAGUCAGCCAACUUUUAUGCCACAUUGAACAUGCUCUGCCUGCCGGGGACGUACCACAUAGAGAUCCAAGGAAACCUUUCCCACUACUCCCCCAAGGUGAUGGCAGUCAUCGGGCCCGACAACACCAACUACGCUGUCACCACUGCCGCCAUGCUGAGUCCCUUCCUGGUGCCCCUGAUCAGCUACGAGGCCAGCAGCAUGGUGCUCAGCUCGAAGUGGCAGUACCCCUCUUUUCUGCGUACCAUCCCCAAUGACAAGUACCAAGUGGAGAUGAUGGUGCUGCUACUACAGAAGUUCGGGUGGGUCUGGAUCUCUCUGGUUGGCAGCUACGGUGACUACGGGCAGGGGGGAGUACAGGCACUGGAGGACCUGGCCACAAAGCGGGGCAUCUGCAUUGCCUUCAAAGGCAUCAUGUCUUCCUCUGCCCAAGAGGGCGACAAGGAGAUGUGGAGCAUGAUGCGCCACCUGGCCCUAGCCAGGACAACCGUGGUGGUGGUUUUCUCCAGCCGGCAGCUAGCCAGGGUGUUCUUCAAGUCCGUGGUGCUGGCCAAACUGACCGGAAAGGUGUGGAUCGCCUCAGAAGCCUGGGCCAUCUCCACACACAUCACCAACGUGCCUGGGAUCCAGGGCAUUGGGACAGUGCUGGGCGUGGCCAUACAGCAGAGGCUUAUCCCUGGCUUGAAGGAGUUUGAGGCGGCCUAUGCCCGUGCGGACAAGGGAGCCCCCAGGUCCUGUUCUAAGGGCUCCUGGUGCAGCACAAAUCAGCUCUGCAGAGAGUGCCAAACUUUCACAGAAUACACGAUGCCCAAGCUCGGGGCCUUCUCCAUGAGUUCUGCCUACAACGUGUACCGGGCAGUGUAUGCUGCAGCCCACGGCCUCCACCAGCUCCUAGGCUGUGCCUCUGGAACCUGUUCCAGGGGCCAAGUCUACCCCUGGCAGCUUUUGGAGCAGAUCUAUAAGGUGAAUUUCCUUUUACAUGAGGACACUGUGACAUUUGAUGACAAUGGGGAUCUUCUCAGCGGCUAUAACAUCAUUGCUUGGGAUUGGAUUGGGCCCAAUUGGACCUUCAGAGUCAUUGGCUCCUUCACAUGGUCUCCAGUUCGGCUGGCCAUAAAUAAGACCAAUAUCCAGUGGCACGGAAAGAACAAUCAGGUUCCCRCAUCUGUGUGUACCAGAGACUGUGUUGAAGGGCACCAUCGGUUGGUCAUGGGUUUCCACCACUGUUGCUUUGAGUGUGUGCCCUGUGAGGCUGGGACCUUCCUCAACAAGAGUGACCUCUACAGAUGCCAGCUUUGUGGGAAAGAAGAGUGGGCACCUGAGGGAAGCCAGACCUGCUUCCCACGCACAGUGGUGGUUUUGACUUGGCAGGAACCCAUCUCUUGGGUGCUGCUAGCAGCUAAUACAUUGCUGCUGCUSCUACUGGUUGGGACUGCUGGCCUGUUUGCCUGGCACCUAGAUACCCCUGUGGUGAGGUCGGCUGGAGGUAGGCUAUGCUUCCUCAUGCUGGGCUCCCUGGCAGGAGGUAGCUGCAGCGUCUAUGGCUUCUUUGGGGAACCCACGCUGCCCGCGUGCUUGCUGCGCCAGGCACUCUUUUCCCUGGGUUUUGCCAUCUUCCUAUCCUGCCUGACAGUUCGAUCCUUCCAACUGAUCAUUAUCUUCAAGUUUUCCACCAAGGUGCCCAGGUUCUACCGUGCUUGGGUCCAACGUCAUGGUGCUGGCCUGUUUGUGAUGAUCAGCUCAAUGGCCCAGCUGCUCAUCUGUCUAAUCUGGCUUGUAGUGUGGACGCCACUGCCCACAAGGGAAUAUCAACGCUUUCCUCAGCUGGUGGUGCUUGAGUGCACAGAGAGCAACUCACUGGGCUUCCUGCUGGCUUUCACCUAUAAUGGCCUCCUCUCGGUCAGUGCUUUUGCCUGCAGCUAUCUGGGCAAGGACUUGCCAGAAAACUACAACGAGGCCAAAUGUGUCACCUUCAGCCAACUCCUUAACUUUGUAUCCUGGAUUACUUUUUUCACCGUGGCCAGCGUCUACCAGGGCAAGUACCUGCUCGUGGUCAAUGUGCUGGCCUUUCUGACCUGCCUGAGCAGCGGAUUCAGUGGUUACUUCCUCCCUAAGUGCUACGUGAUCCUCUUUCGCCCAGACCUCAAUAACACAGAGCACUUUCAGGCCUCCAUCCAGGACUACACUAGGCGUUGCAGCCCCUCCUGA